AUGAAUGACGUAAGGUCGGGAGUCAGCAGCGACGUCUCAAGAAAUCCGUCUACGUGGCAUCCGCCUUCUGAAUCAGACACAACUACCUUUCGCCACCAGACGUCGCUACCCAAGCUGCCAAUUCCCGACUUGGAGGACACAUGUCGACGCUUCUUGGCGUCUGUAGAAGCUCUUCAGACUAUUGAAGAGCAGCACCAGACAAAGCAAAGUGUCGAGAGAUUUUUAGCGACGGAUGGCCCACGGCUGCACCAACAAUUGCUUGACUAUGACAAAGACAAACAUUCGUAUAUUGAAGAUUUUUGGUACGAAGCGUAUCUGAAUCACCGAAGUUCCGUCGUGCUUAAUGUUAAUCCAUUCUUCGUUCUGGAAGACGACCCGACACCUUCACGCAACCACCAGCUUCCGCGUGCCGCGUCACUUGUACUAGGCGCCCUCAAAUUCGUCAACGCAGUACGUCGCGGCACGCUUGAGCCCGAUAUGUGGCGUGGUAAUAUGGCGCUAUGUAUGCAUCAGUACAAACGCCUUUUCGGCUGUGCGCGUGUUCCUUCUGCUGGCGCUGAUAAUGUUGAGGUAGACGAGCUAUCAAAGCACAUCGUCGUAAUCUGUCGCAAUCAGUUUUAUUGGUUUGAUGUUAUCUGGGAGGACGGGGUUACGGCUAUUACGGAGCGAGAAUUACUCGCUAAUCUCCAAGCAAUUCACAAAGAUGCGCUUAAGGCAAAUGAUGUUGACAUUGCUUCCAGUGCAGUGGGCGUGCUCACAACAGAACGGCGCGCAAAGUGGGCUGCUCUGCGUACCAAGCUUCAGGCUCAGAACAAAGACACGCUGGCUGUUAUAGAUCGAGCACUUUUCCUCGUAUGUUUAGACACCACAUCACCUUCUGACGCAGCAGCUUUUGCCGCCACGGCGUUGCACGGAACCUACAAUAUUACCAAGGACGGUGUACAAACGGGCACGUGCAUGAACCGAUGGUAUGACAAGCUGCAAAUCAUCGUGUGUGAAAAUGGCGUGGCUGGCUGCAACUUUGAGCACGCCUUCGUCGAUGGUCACACUGUGCUUCGCUUCGUAUCAGAUAUGUUUACAGACACAAUUAUCCGCUUUGCACAGACAAUCCGUGCCGGCAAUUACGCCUUUUUAGAGGCGUCGUAUCGCGCACCGCACUUAAGUCCGCCUGGCAUGCUAAAAUGCCCGCACGUACAGCCACACAAGCUCGAGUGGGAGCUUGAUCGUGAGCUGCAGGAAGGCAUCAAAUAUGCUGAAGCUCAGCUAACAGAUUUAAUGCUGCAGAAUGAAGUAAAAGUGCUUGAAUUUACGGCGUUUGGCAAAUUAUUCAUCACCCAGCACAAUAUGAGCCCGGACGCGUUUGUGCAGAUGGCUUUUGUGGCCGCAUACUACUUUCAGUACGGCAAUGCGCCGUGUAUUUACGAGCCCGUAUUGACCAAGCGCUUCUUGCACGGACGUACGGAAGCUGCACGUGCUAUGACGAUCGACGCAUUAAAAUUCGUCGAGACAUUCUUUUCAGAAAAGACACCGCUUGAAAAGAUAAGUUCGCUGCGUAAAGCAAUCCUUGCACAUGUUGCCAAUGUACGGGACUGUGCUGCUGGCAAAGGCCCAGAACGCCACCUCUACGCUCUCGAAUGUCUCUGGCAGCAUGAGAAAGCAAUUGACAGCAGUAUACCCACUCCAGCAUUGUUUGCAGAUGAUGCGUGGCGUAAGCUUAAUCACUCGGUGCUGUCAACAAGUAACUGUGGCAAUCCAAGUCUGCGGCUAUUUGGCUUCGGUCCUGUCGUGCCUGAUGGUUUUGGUAUCGGUUAUAUCAUCAAAGACGAGAGUAUCCAAUUUUGUGCUUCAUCUCGACAUCGUCAGACUGAGCGCUACCUCAAAAACCUUGAGUUGUAUUUGCUUAGGGUGCAAGACCUUCUGAUGCACGAAGAAGAAAUUCUAUUUCCUCAUAGCACCGCCGCAAAGAAAACAAGUGCCCAGGCAACGUUUAAAGGCUACGGCUUCUUUGACGACGGCGUUCAGCCUACUGAAACCAAGGCGCUCGCAUCUAUCAGUGCUGUUGGCAAACCGAUCCUGUAG